AUGUCCCUCCCUGCAGCACUGCCGUCCCCUGGCAGCCCUGCCCCACGUCCCUCGCUGCCCGGCUACCCCUCGGUCCCGCCGGAGGUGUCGCAGCCCUGUCCCCCCGGGUGCGCUGCUCCUGCCCUCCCGCCCGGGUCCAUGCCCCUGGCCGAGCCGCGCAGCGCCCGCGGCGCCACCUGGAGCGGUGCCGGGGCUCGGCUGCCCCUUACAGCCACCCCGCCGAGAGCCCCGCGGGCAGGGCGGCUCUCCGGCCGCCCCCAUCCUCGCCGGACCGAGCGGCCGCCGGGGGCGGGCGGCCCGGGGGCGGCGGCAGGCUCCGCGGCGGGCCCGGAACGCAAAUGCCAGGGCUGCGGUUUCCAGGCCGGGCCGCAGCGCUGCGGCCCUGUACCCCUGUGCGGUUGCCAUGGUGCGGGCCCCGGGGCGGCUGCCGGCAUGGACGAGGAGGACACGGUGGGGCCGGGGGGCGGCGGGGGCCGUACGGGAGGCGCUUCCUCGCCGGGCGUGCGGCGGCUGCCGGCUGGGGGUGGGGGAUCUGGCGGUUGCGUGCCCCGGCUCAGCCCGGCACGGCUCAGCCCGGCACGGCCCUGCCCGCGGCGCGGCCGCUGCGGUGCAGAGUCCUUUGUCCCGGCCGGGGACGGGCGAGGGGCCGCGUGUGUGCGACGGCUGCCCUCUGCCCGGGCCUGGAGGGAGCGGCCGGUGCCCAGCGCGCUGGCGUGGGGUGGUGCUGAGAAAAGCUUCAUCUUGCGGUCACUGUUGCUCCUCUCCCUUGACCCCUGCCCAGGGAGCACCUCUGCCUACUCUGGGUCAGUGGAUGGCAGCCUGUACCUAAGGGAGAAGCCCAGGGAGAAGCUGAGGAUGACGAUGCCCAUGACCCUCUCCUUCUGCUACAUGGCACUGCUGUGGCUGAGGGAGCCAAUCACCCUCUCUGACCUCCUAAGGUUUGCUGUUGAAGGCCACAUCCCAUACCUGAAUGUUUUCCAGCAUUUCCCAGAGAAGAUGAAGUUGUGUGGCCUUGAUCUGAAGAUCUUCUGUGUAGAGUCCUGGCCUGGCUAUGAGGAGGUGCACAGCAAGAUGCUGGAGCUUGCAGCCUUCCUGAAGCUGCCUCGUUUUCCAGAUGUGACUCCUAGCUGCUUCCUGCACCCAGACAUGCUCUGCAUGAAGUACCUGAUGGAAGCCAACCUGCCUGAUGCGCUGCACAGCUGGACCUGCCUGCUGGUGCGGAAGCUGGGGCUGGGGGCAGCUGAGGUCCUGACCCUGGUGCCUGCAGGGGAGGCCAGUAGCAGGGUGAGGCACGACCUGCUGGCUGCAGCUCUCAUCGUGGUGGUGCUGAAGCUGCUCUUCCUGCUGGAUGACCACUACGAAUGGUUGCUUUCAGACUUUGCAGAAGAAAGAAAUAAAAACAACAAAGAAGGUGGGACAUGCUUUGAGCUGAAGAAGUGGUACAGGGUGGUCAGAAGUGCCCUGGAUGUGGAGCAGCAGAGGCUGGAUGAAGAAAGAGCCAAGUGCCUGUGGAGGUGUGAGAAGCCUCUCUCCUACUCAGCCCAGAGGAGAUCCAAAGUGCUCAAGAGGAGGGAGAUAGUUGUGAGCCUGCAGAAUCAGUUUGGGAAGCUGGCUGGCAGGGUGCCACCAGCUGAGAAGCCAAAACCUGCCAGCUUCCAGUUCCAGUGGUCUGAGGAGAGCCCAGCUGGGAGCUGCUUCCAUGGGCACAGCCUGCAGGCAGUGGUGCAGGAUGGCUGCAGCCCUCCCCGGCCCCUCAACCCCCACUACUGGCUGUGCACAGCCAAGCUCUGCUCCCAGAGGCUGUGUGGCCACCUGGCUCACUACAGAGGAGUGGACUUCCCCCAGAGCUACCACUUUGUGCUGAGGUUGUUCUCCUUCCUGCUGAGGGUGGAGCCCUCCUCCCUGCACCAGGAGGUCUGCCUGCUGGAGCACAAACUCUUCCACAAGAGGCUCAGCAAGAAGCCAAGGUCCAGCACGAGGCUGAGGAGGUGACAAGGCCUGAGAGG